UACACAUAUCUGUCUUCCUCACUAGAGUUUAAUCCCUAGCACCUAGAACAGUCUGCGAAAGAGCAAGGCACUAAAUUAAAAUUGUUUGUCAACUUGCUGUUAAAAUUGUAACAUUCCAGAGGUAAGAGACAAUGUGGAAAUAAAACGGGGUCAACUUGGAAAGAGAAGACAAGAAUAAAGAUGAUUAUACAACACCAUCACUGCCAACCAAGCCCUUUGAGAGUACAAAGGUUAAAUGCUAAUUAACACAACAUUCUCUGAAGGAAUAAAUAUGGUUUACAUAUUUUGAAAAUUCAAUUUUCUGCAAUGCAAUCAACAACAACAUCAAAGGUGGGCUCGACCAAUUCUUAGGAAAAGGUCAGAUAUAACCAAGCAUGAAGCGUUCAGGUCUUUUGGUUCUCAUUUUCUCUGCUGUCUCUCUGACAACGGACUGGGCAGAGGAUGGAAAACAAAACAAAUUACCCAACUGUACUAGGCUUUAGUAGCCUGGUAAAUGAAUUAGGGUGUUAGGUUAAGUGUUAAAAUGGACUCUUUAAAAUAGCAAAACAUUUUACUUAUUUGUGGAAUUCUCUCCAAGUGGCAUGACUGAUUAAUCAGGAGAUGAAUAAUAUGAAGAACACGAUGACAAUUCUAGAAGGCAAGCAAACAAUCCCCAUAGAACACACAGUUGAUGUAUUUUGAAAUUCGCAAAAAUUUUACAACGAAGUUGAAGAAUGGGGGUACGAUAACAAGUGGUAAUGGGAAUCUAAUGAGAAAAAAGAUGGGUCCCGUUUCCAACACGCUACCCCGGCAACCAAGGAUACAGGCUUCACUCUUGUUCUUAAAUAUAUGUAUUUUUAUUUGUGGAGAAGCUAUACAACAUAACUGUGGACAUCAAUCUACGGAUUCUGCAGUAGUUAACAUUGUGGAAGAUGUAUCUAAUGCAAAAGACGAAAAUAAAAGUUAUGAUACUGUUUAUAAGGAAGAUUGUGAGGAAUCAUGUGAUGUUAAAACCAAAAUUACAAGAGAAGAAAAACAUUUCAUGUGUAGAAAUUUGCAAAAUUCUAUUAUUUCUUACACACGAAGUACCAAAAAACUACUAAGAAAGAUAAUGGAUGAGCAACAAGCUUCCUUGGAUUACUUAUCUAAUCAGGUAAAUGAGCUCAUGAAUCGAGUUCUUCUUUUGACUACUGAAGUUUUUAGAAAACAGCUGGAUCCUUUUCCGCACAGACCAGUUCAGUCACAUGGUUUAGAUUGUACUGAUAUUAAAGAUACCAUUGGCUCUGUCACCAAAACACCAAGCGGUUUAUACAUAAUCUAUCCAGAAGGAUCUAGCUACCCAUUUGAGGUAAUGUGUGACAUGGAUUACAGAGGAGGUGGAUGGACUGUGAUACAGAAAAGGAUUGACGGGAUAAUUGAUUUCCAAAGGUUAUGGUGUGAUUAUCUGGAUGGAUUUGGUGACCUUUUAGGUGAAUUUUGGCUAGGACUAAAAAAGAUUUUUUAUAUCGUAAAUCAGAAAAAUACCAGUUUUAUGCUGUAUGUGGCAUUGGAAUCUGAAGAUGACACAUUGGCUUAUGCAUCAUAUGAUAAUUUUUGGCUGGAGAAUGAAACAAGAUUUUUUAAAAUGCACUUAGGCCGGUAUUCAGGAAAUGCUGGUGAAGAAACAUGAAAGAUUAAGUGACUUGCCCAAGAUUCCCAGCUCCUCACAUUUGAGCCAGGGCAAGAAACCAGGAAGGUUAUUAGAAAAACUAGUUUAAUGUUUUCCACUAUAUCUUGGUGCAUCUACUCAUUUCCAAAUACAUUUAAUUUGUUAGAACUUCAAAAUACUUGAUGUUAAAUUUAUAUUUUGAUGCUAGAAUUUUAACUUUAAGAAAAACUAAAUUCAAUGCUCUCGUAUUUCAAUGCUUAUGUAUUUUUGGUGCUAGAAAUCCAGAAAUGAAUGAGAUAUAUUCUUAGCUCCUUAAAUGAUAACAAUAUAGAUGGGAUAAAUAAAUUGAAUACAGAAGACUAAUAGAGCUUUGGGGGUUAAAAGGAGGGAGAAAAUGAUUUCAAUUAAUUGCAUACAGAAAAUCAUUAUGGAAAGGUAUUUUUCAAUAAGAGUUUAUAUUAGAUUCAACCCAGGAAGCUUUUGAAAGUCCUGCAGAAUCUCACUCAGUAAAUUUGGGCCCAGGUAUUUGUGUUCACAGAUGGAUAUGUUGGCAUCCUUAUGGUUGAGACCCACUGAUUUGUACUUGGAGAAAUGGAUAGGCUUUUGGCAAAUGAAUGUUGGCAAAAAGAGCAGCUUGAGUCAUGGCACAGAGGUAGGAAAAUUACUAGGUAUGAAGAGUUGUCUGGUAUGGCUGGAAUCUAUGACAUCUGAGGGGGUUUAGCCUUGGGAUAUUAGGUAAAAGUCUGAAAUCUUUCAAAUUUUGAUAUAGAAUAAAAAUUUUAAAGAGUUACAGUAUAUAAUUUUUAAUGCUUCAUCUCUAAAAGUAUAAAGAACUAUCUAAAUAUGGAACAUACUAUGUUAGGAUAAGUUUAUGUGGGGUCCCUAAAAGACAAUUAGUAUCUAAGUGGAAAACGAAUUUUAUAAUGGCAAAAAUGUUUCUUCAUUAUAGAACUUUCAAAUUUUGGCAUGCCCUACUCUACAUUUUCCCAAAAGUAUUGUUAAGUAACUUUCAAUUGUUGAUCACAUAAUAUAGUUAAAAUAAAGAAGUUGUCGAUAGACUGUAAAGACAGGAACAUAGAUUAAACCAGAGGGAUAAGUGUGAUUGUGUGUAUGGUAGAAGUGGGCUACAAAUCUGACUUUGAGCUAAGAGCAAAUAU